GACGGAAACUUAGAACGAAGUGCAGUGGGUGGAGACACUGGAGUGGAGGGUAGUGUCUUAUUACGGGGCGGCUUCAACGAGGGGCAACGAAACAACGACGACUCCAUUCUCUCUCUCUCUCUUUCUUCUCCUUGUUCACUGUUUUGUUUUCUCUGGUUUUCUUUCUCUUGGAUGGGCUUUAUUUUCCGGGAAAAUACCCGGCCAUGGGAAAGUCUUCGUUCAAGGAUUCUCUGAAAGCGCUGGAAGCCGAUAUUCAGCAUGCAAAUACUCUGGCUUUAGAUUUUCCAAGGGAGAAUGAUGGAGCACUGGUUCAGAUGAGACUGUCCUAUAGUCCACUGGCUCACCUCUUUCUUUGUCUUGUUCAAUGGACUGAUUGUCACCUUGCUGGUGCACUUGGUUUACUUAGAAUUCUUAUAUAUAUGACCCAUGCAGAUGGCAAGACCAUUAUGUCUGUUUAUGAAAGGAAAGCAAGCAUUAGAGAAUUUUAUGCGGUGAUAUUUCCUUCUUUGUUGCAACUUCAAAGAGGCAUCACAGAUUUAGAGGAUCGGAAACAGAGAGAGGCAUGCACUCUUAGAUUCAGAAGAAAUGAUGAGUUGGAAAGGGGGAAACUCUCUGAAAUUGACAUAGAAAGAGAGGAGGAGUGUAGUAUUUGCAUGGAGGUGAACAGCAAGGUCGUAUUGCCCAAUUGCAGCCAUUCUUUGUGUUUAAAUUGUUAUAGGAAUUGGCAUGGACGAUCGCAGUCAUGCCCCUUUUGUCGAGACAGCCUCAAAAGAGUAAUGUCCGGUGACCUUUGGAUCUAUACAGAUAAGUGUGAUGUUGUUGACUUACCAUCCAUAUUGAGAGAGAAUAAUAAGAGGCUGUUCAUGUACAUCGAUAAAUUGCCCCUUGUUCUUCCUGAUCCUGUGCUUGUUCAAUAUGAUCCUCAUCUUAGGUGGGAUGCAAUGUAUAGGCUUUGUGAACUGUAUAUAUGAUAAGCUUAAAGCUGGGUUGUAUU